AUGAGGUCUGCAGCCGCUGCACCUGAAGUUACCCAAGGAUUUAGUAGGGGUUUCUUGGAAGUUGCUGGCCGUGUCGCUGGCGUAGAACUAGAAAAUUUUAUGUGCCAUGGUCGACUAAAAGUCGAUUUUGAUACCGCUAAUAACAACUGCUUCUACAUCGGGGGACCAAACGGAAGCCUCGGUGGUCGAGGAAACGAUAAUGACCGUGGACCAUCCGUGAAAACCUACAUUAAAGAAGGUAAA